AUGAUGAACUUUACCUUGGUAAUAGCUUUACUCUGUACCUUCAGUUGGAUCUCUGUCUCAGUUUCUGAGUUGCACACUGUGGAGGUUCAGUCUGGUGAAGAAGUCGCACUGAUGUGUUCCAACUUUAGCAGCACGCCCUCUCACAUAAUCUGGUUCAAACUGGACAACAGACCCAAUGCCAGCUGCAUCUCCUCUAUGUUCAGCUCUGAUGCCAAUGCUUCGUUUUGUGAUGGAUUUCAAAAUAGCAAAUUUAAUAUGACGUCCAACACCACGACCAUCUUUCUCAAGAUCAAACAAGUGGAUUUAUCUGACUCUGGACUGUAUUUCUGCGGAUUUAUCUCAAAUGGAAACUCAGUAAUUAUCAGUGCAACUUAUCUGAAGAUUCAAGAAGCAUUUGAUGGAGGAACAAAGCUCACAAGUGUGAUCUUUGGUGCUCUGAUUAUUUUCCUCGUUAUGGUCGUCAUCAGUCUGGUUGUCCAAAUCAGGAAACUUCAUACAACUCAGAAAGAAGCACAGAAUCUACAACCCAGUGAGUUACAGAAUGUGGGCUCUGAUUCCCUGACCUAUGCAGCACUGAGUUUCCGCCCGAAAGUAAAAAUAAGCAGAAGGCCUGCAUCAGAGAACCAGCUGGAGCCAAAUGUUGUGUAUGCUGCCACCAGAUAA